AUGAAGUUCUCCAUCGUCUCGCUCGCGGUCCUCGCUCCCCUUGUGCUCGCUCAGUCGACCACCAACACCACUCAGUACCUCACCCAGGUUCUCGGUGCCCUCACUGGUGCCGGUCUUACCUCGCUCGUCAGCGUCGCUUCUGCGAUUGCUAACACCACCGACGGCGCUGCGCUCCUUGCCUCGCUCGCCCAGGGCAACAAGACCGUCUUUGCCCCGAACAACGACGCCUUCGCCGCUGUUCCUUCCUCGGUCUCCUCGAACACCACUCUCCUCACCCAGAUCCUUAGCUACCACAUUGUGAAUACUUCUGUGACGGCGAAUGGCACGCUCAUUGCGCCAAAUCACACCAUCGCCCGGACUGCCCUGCGCGGCGGCAACUUCACUCUGCCCGGCAACAGGACCGCCCCCCUUGUCCUUGCCCGCAACUCGACCAACGCUACCAGCUUCCAGAUCCUCCAGGCUCAGUCCAACGUCUCGGUCACUGGCCCCGUCGCUGCUGCCAACCUGCUCGUAUACGUGAUCCCGACUGUCCUCUCUCUUCCUCCCUCCAUUGGAGAGGUCGCUGGUAACCUCUUCCCAUCCCUCUCUGGUGUCAUUCAGUCCUCCGGUCUCCUCGCACCCAUCGCAAACUCGCCGGGUGUGACUGUCUUCGCUCCCAACGAUGCCGCCCUUGGUGCCAUCUCCGCUCAGCUCGCCCAGCUUAACUCGACUCAGAUCACUUCCAUCCUCGCUAAUCACGUUAUUAACGGCACCGUGGGCGAGUCUUUCUUAUACUCGCGUGACCUUACUGCCGCCAACUACACUUCCGCUGGCGGCCAGCCCUUCACCUUCAUGGCCAACUCCACCGGCGCCUACGUGAUGAGCGCGAACAGCACUGCUCGUAUCAUCCGCUCGGACGUCAUUGUCAACAACGGUGUCGUGCACGUUAUUGACGGCGUUUUAAUUAACCCCUCCUCCAACCCCUCUGCUGCGGCUUCCGCCUUCUCAUCGGGCACCGCCGCUGCCGCUACCUCCACCGAGGCCAACCCCCCUCUCACUGCCACCUCCAUGAUGUCGCCCUCCGGAUCCGGCGGUAGCGGUGCCUCCGCCUCGGCUUCCGGCUCCCGCGCCGCUGCUGGCUCCGUCGUCAGCCUCAGCUUCGUCAACUCCGCCAUCGCCGCUGCCGUCGGUAUCGUCGGUGUGGCUCUUGGCGGUGGUCUCGUCCUCGCUUAA